CCCCCCCCAGCCCCCCCCUGUGGCUCCGCCCCUGACCACGGCUAACGUCGGUGGCGGGUGUGACCCGAGCCCGGAUCGUGGGGCUCGCCACCACCACCAACCCGUACCGCGCCGAGCAGCGCGGUCGAAGUAUGGUCACACAAUCCCAAUGGCCGGAAUGGUGUGGGGAGAGCCGUCGUCCAGCGGCGGAUUAACAAAAGUGGCAGUGGGUUAAUUUUCAUGUCCGGUGUAAAGCGCGCGCGUGUGUAAGCUGUUGUCACUGAAGAUGGGUGACCUCUUCAGCUGUGCGCAGCACGAUGGGUUGUGUCACCGAGACUGGCCGUGUUUACCGGGUAUCGAACUUUGACUCCACAGGGUUUUUCAGGCGGUGCCGCCUACCCUCUCUGUGUUGGGCUGACGCCUUGUCGGUUUAAGAGAUUGGGGGUGGGAAAAAAUUGCUUCAGAGAGGCAGGGGCGACGACUUCAGUGGGAGAGAGAGAAACCGGGGGACUUGGGUGUGAGUCAGCUUUGUGAUACAUAACUCUGCCAUGAAUAAGUUGGAGGUCUACAGUAUUUAUCGACCAUGGUAUAAGGAAUGUAUUGAUCUACAGACUAACAUAGAUUGAAUAGAUGUACAUAGCAUCCAUAGACUUGCACAGAUAUCCAUAGAGUAGCAGGGGACCCAUUGACUCACAUAGGAGCCAUAUUCUCGUUACAUUGGACCCAUAGACUUGCAUAGCAUCCUGAAAUAAACUUAGGAUCUUUGGACUAACAAAGAGAUCUAUAGACUGUCAUUGGAAGCAUAGAUGUACAUAGCAUCCAUAGAUUAAAUAUAUUACGUAAUUACCAUUUGGCUGACAAAGCACCAAUAGAAAAACUUUAUUAUUAUUUUUUUAUCUACGUGACUUUACUGAAAGAACCAAAGAGUAUAAACUUAGGACCCUUAGACUCGUAUAUAACCUAUUCACUAUUCACUAACAUAGACUCGCAUAUAGGCCAUUGACUAACAGACUGAUCUAGAACUCAUUAAUUGACAUGGGACCCAUUAACUGACAUAGGGCCAAUAGACUUAUAUAGAAACCAUAGACUUACUUAGAAACCAUUGAAUAAUAUAUUACCCAUAUAUUUACAUAGAGAUUCAUAGACUCGCAUAUAACCCACAGUCUAACAUGUGACAUAUUGCCCUACUUAAGACUCAGACUCGCAUAGGGCCCUGGAAAACUUACAAAGAACCCAAAGUGCACACAUAAGACUCGUAGAUGUACUGAGGCCCCAUAUACUCACAUGGGACCCAUAUAAUCACAUCGGACCCAUAUAAUCACAUAGGACCCAUAGACUCACGUAUGACUCAUAGACUAACACAGCACCAGGUGGGGGUGAAGGAGACCGAGGGGACGACAAUCUGGCUUUAUUGCUGCUGCUGCUGCUGCAGCAGAAUGACUGACAGACUGACGGAUUGAAAAACUCAUUUGUUCAGAACUUAUUUUUGUGUUGAGUUUGUUCUUCCCCUGCACCUCCAAUUAGCACGGUUGGCUUCGUACAGUGCGAAAGAAGUUGAACAUACAUACAGGAGAGGGCACGGGCUCACUUGAAAGGUUGUGACAUGAGAUACCUACUUUGAUUGGUGUUGGAGGGGAGACACUGGAACACUGUGCAGGGGCAUGCUGCCACACCUGUAUAGAAAUGAACAAUUUGUCAACAUUUUUUUUAGUCUCUCAAGUUAUGUACGUGUAUGAGGUCGGGAAGGUCAACAUUGCAACGUAAGCUCACGUGCGUCUAAAGUUGCACAACUUGGCUUACAGCGCUGCGUUUAAAUUGGCCGAGUUUGUGCGGCGGGUCGGUAAUGUACAAAUAUUCCACCCUGUGCAUGCACUUUUACUUUUAAAUACACUCUGAAAAGCCGCCGAAUUGGGACUAGGGUAACAAAAGAACAGUUCACGUUCCAAUAAGGAAUUUGGGUUUUUGCCGCCGAGUGCCAAGAGUUGGAGAAAAUCCGGGUGCAGUAAUUGGAAGAGUUCACGCUUUCCAUUUUUAUUCUGACAAAGCAAAGUGUGCACGCUUCAUUUAGCCACUGUGGCCACACCUGGGGGUUUUAUUUUUAUUUUGGGGGGAAAAACUCCCUAAGCCCGAACAGGAUCACUUGAGCCCCCACUCACCUGGAGGUUGGGGGGGGGAGGUGUCAGUUUUUCUCCUCUGUAUGAGCGGUGCAAAGGUCAUUUUAACGCUUCAUUGUGCUGUGGGUUCAAGCUUCUUGGGCAUGCUCAAUGGAUUUUUUUUUUUUACAGAAACAAAAACGAUGGUGCUGUAAUUUAUCUUCCCCGUCGCUAUGCCACACACACGCACCCACACCCGUCUUGCUGUGCAGGUCUUUGGAUGAUGCCCCGGAGGGCUCUGAAAACGUGAGAAGCUUGUUUUUUUUGUUGCGGAUGAUAAAUGAACCGCCGCUGAUGAUCCACACCUUGGGGGGGAACCAUUCGAUGUUCGAGCAGACUGAUGGACUCCAGCAGCGACGCGUGUUUUCAGAAGUUAAGUUUUGUAAAAAAAAAAAUUUGAUCGCUCCGGCAUGGCAACAAGCUGGCUUAAAAGUGAUGGGCUUCUCAAUCUGUAUUAAUAUCUGAAGGCGAAGAUACGAGCUGCACAUGUCUGCUUUUUAACGUUGACACUCGCGCAUACAAAUAAUAGGUUUGGAACAUGAGCCUGCAAAGCUCGAGAGAUGAAGUGCGCUUGAGACACCUGCCCCGUAGGCUGCGAGGUGCGAGCCGACAACAGGACAGCAAGUAGGACUCGAACCUAAUCUCUGCAGAGUGCGAGUGCUUGUUCUCGCUCAUCGAAUGCCUGGGUUUUCUCCCUGCCCGGUGGCGUCUUCACACAUGCAAGACAGAAGAAAUGGAAAAAAAGACUUACUCAAACAUUCCAAAACCGAACCCCUCCUUAAAAAUGAGUCUUGAGACUCAAUGAGGCCAGCCUUGGUAAACAAGGAAGACAAAUAAAUAACAAAUAAGACCUGUCACGGCCAGCUAUCUGCACACAGUUCACGCUGGGAGAUGCAGCCCGCAGCUUGAGUUGAAUUCAGAGAACUCCACCAUCACCACCACCACCACCACCACGUACUCUGCACGUACGAACAUGGAACGGACAGCGUUGUGGCUGAUGCUGCUGCUGGCGCUGGUCUCGUGCCGGCCGGACGCGGUCUCCUCGCACGUCCACGGCGCGUUCGUGUGCGAGCCCAUCGGCCUGCGCCUCUGCCAGGAGCUGCCCUACAACAUGACCUUCAUGCCCAACCUCCUGGGACACUACGACCAGCAGACCGCUGCCGUCGCCAUGGAGCCGUUCCACCCGCUGCUCAAGCUGGAGUGCUCCCCGGAGGCGCGCACUUUCCUGUGCGCGAUGUUCGCGCCGGCGUGCGCGCCACCGGGCCGCGUGGUGCCGCCGUGCCGCGCGCUCUGCGGCCGCGUGCGGGACUCCUGCACCGAGCUGCGCGAGGUCUUCGGCAUCCCCUGGCCCGACGAGAUGGACUGUGGCAGGCUGGAGGAGUGCGAUGAGCCCUACCCCAUGUCGCCGCGGCCGAUGGUGAGUGGCGCUACGCCACAGACCACCCAGCACUCGGCCCAGCGCGACUACGGCUUCUGGUGUCCGCGCGAGCUCAAGGUCCCGUCGGGGCUCGGCUACUCGUUCAUGGGCGUGCCGGACUGCUCGCCGCCGUGCCCCAACAUGUACUUCAGCUCCGGCGAGCUGGAGCUCACGCGCUACCUGGUGGGCGUCAUGUCCGUCGUGUGCCUCGUCGCCACCACCUUCACCUUCCUCACCUUCCUGCUCGACCGCAAGCGCUUCCGCUACCCGGAGCGGCCCAUCAUCUUCUACGCGACCUGCUACGUCGCCGUCUCGCUCUCCUUCCUCGUCGGCUUCCUCCUGGACGACUCCGCGGCCGCCUGCAACGCGCCGGGGCUCGCGCCCGGCGCCGCCGGCACCGUCACGCAGGGCUCGCGCAACAACAAGGCGUGCACCGCCGUCUUCAUGCUGCUCUACUUCUCCGCGAUGGCCGGCGCCCUCUGGUGGGUGGUGCUCACCAUCACGUGGUUCCUGGCCGCGGGCCUCAAGUGGGGGCGCGAGGCCAUCGAGAAGAGGGCGGCCGCGUUCCACGCGCUCGCCUGGGGCCCGCCGGCCGCGCUCACGGUGGCGCUGCUGGCGCUGAACAAGGUGGAGGGCGACAACCUGAGCGGCGUGUGCUUCGCGGGCCUCUACGACGUGACGACGCUGCGUUACUUCGUGCUCGCGCCGCUGGGCGCGUGCGCCGCCGCGGGCCUCUCGCUGCUGCUCGCCGGCAUCGUGUCGCUGAACCGCGUGCGCCUCGAGAUGCGCCACGACGGGCGCAACCAGACGAAGCUCGUCAAGUUCAUGGUGCGCAUCGGCGUGUUCAGCGUGCUCUACCUCGUGCCGCAGCUGGCGCUCGUGGCAUGCCUCGUGUACGAGCAGGCGUCGCGCGCCGCCUGGGAGGCGACGUGGCUGCGCGAUCGCUGCACCGAGUACCGCAUACCGUGCCCCUACCAGGCGAACCAGCCGAAGCAGCGGCCGGCGCUCGUGCUCUUCCUGGUGAAGUACUUCACCACGCUCGUCGUCGGAAUCCCGCCCGCCUUCUGGGUCGGCAGCCGCAAGACAUGUCUGGGAUGGGCGGCCUUCCUGUCGGGACGACGGCACAAGCAGGCGGUAGUUAACGAGAGCCGGCGGGUGCUGGAGGAGUCUCACGACGUCUGCUCCCAGACGCUUCUCGCGUCCGCGCCGCGCAAGUCCCGCGGCACCUCGACGCAGGGCACGUCCACGCACGCCUCCUCCUCCAACGCACUCGAAGAGGCGACGGCGCCGCCGCCGCCGCCGCCGGGGCUGUGCGGCAGCAGCAAGCCCAGCAGCCAGCACAGCCGCGUGAGCGGCACGCACGGCAAGCCGCCCGACGCCAGCAGGCACACGCCCAACAGCAGGCGGAGCGCGACGGUCCUCCCGUCCCCCGCGCGGCACAACAGCUGCAAGAGCAACAGCAACAGCCGGGAGCUGCCGGGACAGCCGCGGCACAUCACCCUCGGCGCCAACUCGCCACACCACCACCACCACCACCAGGACAGCACAAGCGCGUGACCUCCGCUCUCUCCGCUCUGCCCCGUGAGGACUGUGCCACGUCGUCGCCGCCGCCGCCGCCGCCGUCUUUUCGCCACGUGUGUAAAAAUGUAAACAGAAUGUGGACAAAGGUCACGCGCGGAGAUGGUUUGCACUUCAGUCGCGCAUCCUGGCAAGUGGGCGUUUGGCACGGCGUUUUGUAAAUCGGGCACGCUAAAUGGUUUGCCCGUGGUCGAAUCGGCCGGAAUGCGCCCCAAUAUUGGACGCAAAGCGAGGUCGAGGCUGGAUAGCGCUUGGAUGGGAUGGGCGGUGACCGCCACGCAUUAAACAGGUGUUGUAGGCUGCUGAGGGCCUAACUUGUCAGCAGAGGAGAGUGCAGCAAAUCCCAUCGUUUACCUGCACUAUGCUCCCAACGUGAAGGUGCGCUGCCAGCCUUCACCACUCCUCAAUGACCAGCGUGGUGAAUUAUGGUCGGUUAACCCGCUCGUCACUCCACGGGGAGGCCCUCAUCCAGAAGUGGUUUGACAAAAGCACUAAAGGGUUGAAAUAGUGCUAAGCAGUACGUAUGGACGAUGCAUCUGAUAUAGAUAUACUGCCCGUACCAAUUAUGUACGAGUGGAAACGCCACCAUCUGCGUCGUCGGGGUCUAAUUGCCGUUAACUGACAAUAAUUCCAUUUUUCAUGGUGAGAAAUGUUUUGAUUAAGAUAAACUGAAAAAUAUGAAUGUAUUUAUGCUGAGGAGUUUUUUUACACUACGUGCAAAGUUGAUGCAUUUCUUUUAUUACCGUGGUACGGUUUAUGCUUUUAUGAGAUAGAGUAAUAUGUAAAAUGUUUGGCCAUUUUUGAAAGAAAUAUUUUUAAAUGAACAAACUUAACGUACCGUGUACACACCCUGGGCCUAGUGCGUGUUUAAUGGAUUGGUGAGAAAUACUCUUUUUUUGUAUUUCUAAAGGCAUUUUUUAACAGGCGAGUGGUCCCUUUUAGCCAAUCAAAAACCCAUAGGCACUGCAAAAAUAUAGGAAUGUAAUAUUUUGCCUACAGGGGAAGUCGCCCCUUGAAUUAGAGCCGUAGAGGCCAAUGUUAAGCAAACUACUCGGGUGUUGCUGCUGCGUUGCAUAAGCACAAUCAACAUCGACAAAAAAUCUUAACGCGUUCCAUAUCAAUAACACCCGUGGCCUUAAAGGAAAAAUAUAUAGCAGGUGACGUUUCAGGGAGUGGCCCUUUUCAGAUUUAUGUGUGAUAAAGGACCAUUGUCUGAAACGUUGCCCAUUAUUUGUAUUUCCUUUUAAGGCCGCAUUGUUAUUGAGAAAUGUGUUGAGUUCCUUUAUGUAAGUCAAUGGGGCUUUGCUCGAGAAAUAAACUUCUGAACUUCUCAAUAUUUGUAUGCUGGGGCGGGAUGCUGUCGUGGUGAUGUAAUGGCACAAUAGGCUUGCCGUUCAGAGGGUGGCCUGCCUUCCUCUCUGUCCGCCCAGCAAGUUUAAACGGAGAGCCGGUCGAUUGGCACGUGACGUGUGGUGGGGUAAAGUGUGGGAAGAGUAGGCCAAAAAGCUUCCUCUGGGGGGAGCUUUUUAGAGCUCCCUCUUCUCAUGGAGGUCUUUCUCUGCCAGCAGGAGAAGGUACAAACUCCGUAAAGCACCCCGGUCAGGAAUGUAACAUGGGUCCCUCAACUGGAUUCUCAAGUGCAGCUAGUUUGGUGGAACUCGGCACAGUCGUCAAUGUAUACCAGUCAGCUCACGUAAAAUGCUUAUUGAUUUAAAAGCAUUCGUAUGUAAAUUGAACAGAUUGUGUGAAGAUCCUUUGGACUACAAUACAACAUUUACAUUUGUUGUCAUUCAGAAAGUUUGGAGAGAACGUGUUCCCUUUUAUUUUGUACAUGUUAUAAGGUGGUCUUAACAUUACUUGCCUAAUUACAAAAUACAUUUUAUCAACUUUGCUAAAUGAUUGUCUAAAUGCUAUUUGUAUAAUGACUUUAUUGUUUAGCAAUAUUUUUUAAAACUAAUUUGGUAAGUUAAACAAAACAAUUUGACCAUAAUUUUCUAAAACACUUAAUUUUACUGAAACUUCAGAUAGGAUAGCAAGUGAAAGACAGUAAAACAUUGGAUUGCGAGUAACUUGGUCUGCGAGUGUUUUGCAAGACGAGCAAUUUUUUUAAAUAAAUAUUAAUUUGAUAAACGAGCGAGAUCUUGCAAUACGAGUAGUACGUAUACGCUUUGUCUGCCGAGCGUCACGUGAUCACAACUGAUAUACGAGUGCUUUGGAUUACAAACACGUUUCCGGAAUGAAUUAUGCUCGCAAUCCAAGGUUUUACUGUAUAAGUAAAUGUGUUUGAUGAGGUUGAGUUGUGGCGCAGUGCAUUGCACACUUGUGUUGUCAUUUCGGUGAGCUAAGUUUGAUUCCUGGCCUGGAUUAAUAUCGCUGGCGAGGUGCUAUUAGAACCAGUUCUUCUCCCAAUUCAGCAGCCCUCUCUGACCAACGUGGUCAAAUAAACCCCCCCCCCCAAGAUCAACGCAAUUAAUUGACAAAAGGACUGUAAAUUAUUAUAUGUUUGACGACUGAAUCAAAGUUGUUGGGGUUUUUUUUUACAGGUAUAACAUCACGUUUUUGGUUUUAUAAAUGUCUCCAAUUUAUGUUACUACUGAACUUACACACACGUGAAUGUAUAAAUGUUAUAGUAACAAAGAUUCGUAAUAAAUUAAGACAUUCAUUUAUUUGCUUUUGUCUGAUAUUGGCACUAAAUGUUGUACUAUGUAUAAAUGGGCAAGAUGUGUGUGUAUAUAUAUACGUUCGUGCUCACCAUGGAAGAAAACUAUGAGAUUGUGUCUGUUAACGGUCGGGAGGGAUGUUCCCACGUGGUAUAUAUACGAUUCGUGAUUUUUGACCAAAAAAACGGCUGUUGCCUUUUUUAUAUAAUAAAUAAUUGGGAACUCUUAAUUUGUAAUAUUGUAUAUGUUUGAUGCAGAGAAACAACAGCAGUUGUCAAAUUUAAGCAAACUAAAAGAGAUGUUUACUAUGUGACUUUUGUACACAGGGAUCCUUGUUGCGAAGGUUUCGUCAUCUGUUGAGACACUGUAGUAAAUGAAUGUGUAUGUAUGUAUGGCCGUUUGUACUAGAUUUCAAACAUAAAAGUUGUAAUACCUGAA